AAGCCAUUGUACGUUCUCACGACGAGGCUCAACUCCCUGACUACGCUGUGGACCUUUUGAAAGCCCAGCUCUGCGUCGUGAAAAUCCUCCACAAUCCAAGCAACGCCAGUACCCGCCGAAGCCUUCUCAGAGAAAUCGACGUCCUACAACGAAUUCAGGCAUCGCGAACCAAAUCAAAAGAGCGCCUGGCCUAUCUUGUGGACGCGCAUGUCUUUGAUAGACCUUGGAUGGUGACCGCUGCCGUCUGAGGCCCUACCCUCGAAUCUUUCCUGGUUUCAUUGAAAAUGUCUCCGAGAGGCCUGAAAACACCGGAGAGAUUCUUUUGGCAUCUCUACAUCCAGCUCUCCGACGCCCUUCGCUUUCUGCAUGCUCUAAAACCACAAGCUAUUGCUCAUGGGGACAUACACAGCUGCAAUAUCUUGCUUGAGCAAGCUGCUACUGGUCUCCCAAACGUAGUGCUGAUCGAUUUCGGCUGUGCCAGCAUCAACGAUCUCGACGACUACCAGGACAAUACCAGUGGAUCAUCCACAGCAGAGUUCGACCCCCAAAAAGACAGCCUUAUAGCCGACGUCAAGUGGAUCUGCCCACCUGCGCUUUUCCUGAUCCCCUUUCCGGCAUACCUCGAGGAUCUCGUUUUACACAAACCGGCCGAGGAACUGCAAAUCGAGAGCCUUUGGGCGAAGUUCGGCAUGCAUGCUAGUCUUCGCAGGGAUUGCCUUGCCUGGGACAAGCUCAAGAGACUCCGUCCUGCGCUGGAUUCUUGUCCAGUAGAUGAUGAGUGUGUGAGACGUGUGGUUGAAGAAGCCGCUCUUCGAGACGAGCAUGCGCCCUAAUUCACUCACUCG